AUGUUAUUCAUUGUGAUUGUGAUAUUUGCUAGCAUUGGUGUUAAUUCACUACCACCUAUCAAUUUUACAGAUACUGUAUUGACAAAUCGAAUGAUUGAAGCAUUAAGCGAAGCGCUUGUAGCUCAUGAUGAACCAAGAUUAACACCAUUUUAUCAACUCCGACAACAAUUAAAACAACAACAACAACUCUAUCGACCUCACUUUCCAGAACAACAACAACAACAACAGUUCUAUCAACCUCCGUUUUCAGAACAACAACAACAAUUUUAUCAACCUCAGCUUCCAGAGCAACAGCAACAGUUAUAUCAACCUCAACUUCCCACACAACAACCACAACAAUUUUAUCAACCUCAGUUUCCAGAGCAACAACAAUUCUAUCAACCUCAAUUUCAAGAGCAACAGCAACAAUUUUAUCAACCCCAGUUUCCAGAGCAACAGCAACAAUUAUAUCAACCUCAACUUCCCACACAACAACCGCAACAACAACAAUUUUAUCAACCUCAGCUUCCAGAACAACAACAACAACAACAACAACAACAACAACAACAACAACAACAAUUUUAUCAACCGCAGCUUCCAGAACAACAACAACAACAGCAACAACAACAAUUUUAUCAACCGCAGCUUCCAGAACAACAACAACAACAACAACAACAACAACAACAACAAUAUUAUCAAACUCAGCUUCCAGCGCAGCAGCAAACAUUUUAUCAACCGCAGUUUCUAGGACAACAACAACAAUUCAACCAACAACAGUUUUUAGAACAUCAACAACAACCACCACAACAACAACAUCAUUUUAAGCAACCGAUCCAACACCACCAGCUGGCUGAAUCACAAGGACAACAACACCCAAUCCAACAGAACCAAUCGCCUGAACCACAACCACCACCGCAACAGCAACCAAACCAACAGAAUCAACUGCCUGAACCACAACAGCAACAACAAUCAACCCAACAAAACCGUCUACCUGAAACACAACAACAACAACAACAACAACAAAAUCCUGGUUAUACAGAUAAUCGAGGUUACUAUUACCCAUAUCCAUAUCAAAAUGUCAACUGGUUCAAUUUUCCUUAUGUAUGGUCUUCUGCAGCCAGUGGUCAAUUUGAUCCAACAGUACCACUUGCUGGUGUUGGUGCUCAAUCGACUGGUAGCAGUACUAAUAAUGAAUGUCCAGUAGGUUUUUGUCCACGUGGUGGUACUUGUUCACAACUUUCAGGUCAAUGGCAAUGUGCAUGUGGUGCAAAUGGUUGUGCUGGAAUCCCAAAUCCAUGUGGUAUCUACGGUCGAUACUAUUUUCCUUAUUAUCCUGAUGCAUCACGAUUUAUUCAAUGUGAUCAAACUGGUGUUUUCUGGAUUCGUAGAUGUGCUCCUGGAACUAUUUUCGAUCCUAAAAUAAGUGUUUGCAAUUAUCCACCUGUUGUUGUCGAAGCUGGCAAAAAAUAA